AUGGUGGCCUUGUCAUUAAAGAUCUGUGUGCGCCAGUGCAAUGUGGUGAAGACAAUGCAGUUUGAACCAUCCACACCUGUGUAUGACGCCUGCAGAAUCAUCAGAGAACGAGUCCCAGAAGCCCAGUCAGGACAAGCCUCAGAUUAUGGCCUCUUCCUGUCUGACGAUGAUCCCAGGAAAGGAAUCUGGCUAGAGUCUGGAAGAACCCUGGAUUACUACAUGCUGCGAAAUGGAGAUGUUUUAGAGUACAAGAAGAAACAGAGGCCGCAAAAGAUCAAAAUGCUGGACGGUGCCGUCAAAACCAUCAUGGUAGAUGACUCGAAAACAGUCGGGGAGUUGCUUGUCACCAUAUGCAGCAGAAUAGGAAUCACCAACUAUGAAGAGUACUCCCUCAUCCAGGAGACGACGGAGGAAAAGAAGGAGGAUGGAAUGGGGACGCUGAAGAAAGACAAAACGCUGCUGCUGCGAGACGGGAGGAAGAUGGAAAAGCUCAAAGCCAAACUCCACACAGAUGAUGAUUUGAACUGGCUGGACCACAGCAGGACCUUCAGAGAGCAGGGAGUGGAGGAAAGUGAGACUUUGCUGCUCAGACGCAAGUUCUUCUAUUCGGACCAGAACGUGGACUCGCGGGACCCUGUCCAGCUGAACCUGCUCUAUGUUCAGGCUAGGGACGAUAUAUUGAAUGGAUCCCACCCUGUCUCCUUUGAUAAAGCCUGUGAGUUUGCAGGGAUCCAGGCUCAGAUCCAGUUUGGACCCCACGUUGAGCACAAACACAAGCCCGGAUUCCUGGACCUGAAGGAGUUCCUACCUAAGGAGUACAUCAAGCAGCGAGGGUCUGAGAAGAAAAUAUUCCAAGAUCAUAAGAAUUGUGGAGAGAUGACAGAGAUUGAAGCAAAAGUGAAGUAUGUGAAGCUCGCCAGGUCCUUGCAGACAUAUGGAGUGUCCUUCUUCCUGGUGAAGGAAAAGAUGAAGGGUAAAAAUAAGCUGGUCCCGCGGCUCCUGGGGAUAACCAAGGAGUCAGUGAUGCGAGUAGAUGAGAAGACGAAGGAUGUGGUGCAGGAGUGGCCACUGACAACAGUCAAGAGAUGGGCUGCCUCUCCCAAGAGCUUCACUCUGGAUUUCGGAGAGUAUCAGGAGAGUUACUACUCUGUUCAGACUACAGAAGGAGAGCAGAUAUCACAACUGAUUGCUGGAUAUAUUGACAUCAUUCUUAAGAAGAAGCAGAGUAAGGAUCGUUUUGGCCUUGAAGGAGAUGAGGAGUCCACCAUGCUGGAGGAAUCGGUUUCCCCAAAGAAGUCAACAAUCCUGCAGCAGCAGUUCAACAGAGUGGGUCGCGUGGAGCAUGGGUCAGUAGCACUUCCAGGUAUCAUUCGCUCAGGGUCCAUCGGUGGCCCUGACACCUUCAAUAUGGGUACGAUGCCCUCUGCCCAGCAGCAAAUCACCACAGGACAGAUGCACAGAGGACACAUGCCCCCACUGAGUCUAGCCCAGCAGGCCCUGAUGGGGACCAUCAACAGCAGUAUGCAGGCUGUGCAGCAGGCCCAGGCUGACCUGGGACAUGUAGAUAAUCUGCCUCCACUCGGCCAUGACUUGGCAUCCAGGGUUUGGGUUCAGAACAAAGUAGACGAAUCCAAACAUGAAAUCCACUCUCAAGUUGAUGCCAUCACCGCUGGAACAGCAUCUGUGGUCAAUCUCACUGCAGGUGAGCCCACAGAAACCGACUACACGGCGGUAGGCUGUGCCAUCACCACCAUCUCCUCAAACCUCACUGAAAUGUCCAAGGGUGUCAAGCUGCUUGCUGCAUUAAUGGACGAUGAGGUGGGCAGUGGACACAAGCUUAUGGGUGCUGCCAGGAUGUUGGCAGGAGCUGUGUCAGAUCUGCUCAGAUCUGUGGAGCCUGCAGCCGCUGAGCCCAGACAGACGGUGCUGACUGCGGCAGGAAGCAUAGGGCAAGCCAGUGGGGAUCUGCUCCGUCACAUGGGGGAGGGCGAGACCGAUGAGAAGUUCCAGGACACCCUGAUGAAUCUGGCCAAAGCAGUGGCCAAUGCAGCUGCUAUGUUAGUCCUGAAGGCCAAGAAUGUGGCCCAGGUGGCUGAGGACACCAUAUUGCAGAACCGGGUGAUCGCAGCUGCCACUCAGUGUGCCCUGUCCACCUCACAGCUGGUAGCCUGCACCAAGGUGGUGAGCCCAACUAUUAGCUCUCCAGUGUGUCAGGAGCAGCUUGUCGAGGCUGGGAAGCUGGUGGACCGGUCGGUGGAAACCUGCGUCAAAGCUUGCCGCUCGGCCAGCGACGAUGGUGAGCUGCUGAAGCAAGUCGGGGCAGCAGCUGGCGUGGUGAGCCAGGCCCUCAGCGACCUGCUGCAGCAUGUUCGCCACUAUGCCAGCUGUGGAGAGCCCAUUGGACGUUAUGACCAGGCCACAGAUACAAUCAUGAACGUGACGGAGAACAUUUUCACUUCCAUGGGUGAUGCUGGUGAGAUGGUGCGUCAGGCACGGGUUCUAGCCCAAGCCACCUCUGACUUGGUCAAUGCCAUGAGAUCUGAUGCAGAGGCAGAAGUGGAUGUUGACAAUUCCAAGAAACUGCUGGCUGCAGCCAAACUCCUGGCUGAUGCCACGGCUCGUAUGGUGGAGGCUGCUAAGGGGGCGGCUGCCUACCCAGAGAAUGAGGACCAGCAGCAGAGGCUCAGAGAAGCAGCUGAGGGGCUACGUGUAGCCACUAAUGCUGCAGCUCAGAACGCAAUAAAGAAGAAAUUGGUCAACAGGCUGGAGAUAGCUGCUAAGCAGGCGGCGGCUGCUGCUACUCAGACCAUCGCAGCUGCCCAAAAUGCUGCUGCUUCCAACAAAAAUACAGUCUCACACCAACAGCUAGUACACAGCUGCAAGGCAGUAGCAGAUAGCAUUCCUCAGUUGGUGCAGGGCAUGAGGAGCAGUCAGGCCCAACCUGAGGAGCUGGGUGCCCAGCUUGCCCUCAUCAUGGCCAGCCAGAGCUUCUUACAGCCUGGAAGUAAGAUGGUGACCUCUGCAAAGUCAGCAGUUCCGACGGUGACUGAUCAGGCUGCUGCUAUGCAAUUGGGCCAGUGUGCCAAGAACCUGGCUACCUGCCUGGCAGAGCUCAGGACUGCCACCCAGAAGGCCCAUGAAGCAUGUGGUCCUCUAGAAAUUGACUCAGCCCUCAAAACAGUACAGACACUUAAGAGUGAACUUCAGGAUGCCAAGAUGUCUGUCAUUGACAACCAACUCAAACCUCUUCCUGGGGAAACGCUGGAGAAGUGUGCUCAGGAUUUGGGAAGUACAUCUAAGGCUGUGGGCUCCUCUAUGGCUCAGCUGCUGACAUGUGCUGCACAGGGCAAUGAACAUUAUACAGGUGUGGCAGCCCGAGAAACAGCACAGGCUUUAAGAACAUUGGCGCAAGCAGCCAGAGGUGUGGCAGCCAGCACCAAGGAGCCUCAGGCUGCAGCUGCAAUGCUGGACUCUGCCCAGUGUGUCAUGGAGGGCUCGGCCAUGCUGAUCCAUGAAGCUCAUCAGGCCCUGGUUCAUCCAGGAGAUGCUGAGAGUCAGCAAAGACUAGCACAGGUGGCCAAAGCAGUGUCUCACUCCCUGAAUAAUUGUGUGAAUUGCCUGCCAGGCCAGAAAGAUGUUGACAUGGCCCUAAGGAGCAUUGGGGAAGCCAGCAAGAAGCUGCUGGUGGACAUUCUUCCCCCCUGCAGUAAGACAUUCCAGGAAGCCCAGACUGAUCUGAACCACACAGCAGCUGAACUCAACCACUCUGCAGGCGAGGUCGUCCACUCCUCUCGUGGAACAAGCAGCCAGCUGGCUGCAGCCUCAGGAAAGUUCAGCCAGGACUUUGAUGAGUUCCUGGAUGCUGGCAUUGAGAUGGCAGGACACACCCAAAGCAAGGAUGACCAAAUCCAAGUCAUUGGUAAUCUGAAGAACAUCUCUAUGGCGUCCAGCAAGCUGCUGCUGGCUGCCAAGUCUCUGUCUGUGGAUCCAGGCGCAGCCAAUGCUAAGAAUCUUCUAGCUGUGGCAGCAAGGGCAGUGACAGAGAGUAUUAACCAGCUGAUCACGCUCUGUACCCAGCAAGCAGCUGGACAAAAGGAGUGUGACAAUGCCUUGAGGGAGUUGGAGGCUGUCAGAGGGCUCUUAGAAAAUCCCAACGAGCCUGUCAAUGAGCUUUCCUACUUUGACUGCAUUGAGAGCGUCAUGGAGAACUCAAAGGUCCUUGGAGAGUCAAUGGCAGGCAUCUCUCAGCACUGUAAGACAGGAGAUGUGGUAGCAUUUGGGGAGAGUGUGGGUGUGGCAUCCAAGGCCUUGUGUGGGCUGACGGAGGCUGCAGGACAGGCCUCUUACCUUGUAGGUGUGUCUGAUCCCAAUAGCCAAUCAGGCCAUGAGGGGCUUGUGGAUCCCAUCCAGUUUGCACGGGCCAACCAGGCUAUACAGAUGGCUUGUCAGAACUUAGUGGACCCAGCCAGCAGUCCCUCCCAGGUCUUGUCUGCGGCAACAAUUGUAGCCAAGCACACCUCAGCUCUGUGCAAUGCCUGUCGCCUUGCCUCCUCUAAAACCUCCAACCCUGUGGCUAGGCGACAGUUUGUUCAGUCUGCCAAAGAGGUGGCCAACACCACAGCCAACCUCGUCAAAACCAUCAAGGCCUUAGAUGGAGAUUUUUCGGAAGAGAACAGGAACAGAUGCCGUGUUGCUACGACCCCACUCCUUGAGGCUGUAGAAAACCUGUCAACCUUUGCCAACAACCCUGAGUUUGCGAGUAUCCCAGCUCAGAUUAGCAAUGAGGGUUCAGCAGCCCAGGAGCCUAUUGUGCGUUCAGCCCGCUCCAUGCUCGAUAGCUCCACUUACCUCUUAGAAACAGCCCGCUCACUGGUCCUAAACCCCAAAGAUCCUCCUACCUGGUCUAUACUAGCUGGACACUCCCGAACUGUUUCUGACUCCAUCAAGAGCCUCAUCACUUCCAUCAGGGACAAGGCACCAGGACAGAGGGAGUGUGAUUACUCCAUUGAUAACAUCAAUAAGUGUAUCCGGGAUAUUGAGCAAGCUUCCCUAGCUGCAGUUGGGCAGACCCUGCCCUGCAGAGAUGAUAUCUCCAUGGAAGCACUCCAGGAGCAGCUGACAUCCUCUGUGCAGGAGAUUGGUCAUCUGAUUGACCCUGUCUCAACAGCAGCCCGAGGUGAAGCUGCUCAACUAGGACACAAGGUAACCCAGCUGUCCGGUUACUUUGAUCCACUCAUUGUGGCAUCAGUAGGCCUUGCAUCUAAGCUACAGGACCACCAACAACAGAUGAACAUUUUAGACCAGACCAAGACCCUGUCUGAAUCUGCCCUGCAGAUGCUCUAUGCUGCCAAGGAAGGUGGUGGAAACCCAAAGGCAUCCCAUACCCAUGAUGCCAUCUCUGAAGCAGCCCAGCUGAUGAAGGAAGCUGUGGAUGACAUCAUGGUGACUUUGAAUGAGGCGGCCAGUGAGGGGGGCAUGGUCGGGGGCAUGGUAGAGUCAAUUGCUGAAUCCAUGGGCAGGCUGGAUGAAGGAACACCUCCUGAACCCGAGGGCUCCUUUGUAGACUACCAGACCACAAUGGUGAAGUUCUCCAAGGCCAUUGCCAUCACGGCACAGGAGAUGAUGACUAAGUCAGUAACCUGCCCUGAAGAGCUCGGUGGCCUUGCCUCUCAGGUGACAGUGGACUAUGGACAGUUAUCACACCAAGGACGUCUUGCUGCAGCCACCGCAGAGCCAGAAGAGGUUGGUUUUCAAAUAAGAACACGGGUGCAAGAGCUGGGCCAUGGCUGCAUCUACCUGGUCCAGAAAGCUGGAGCCCUGCAGCUCAGCCCCACUGACAGCUUCUCCAAAAGGGAACUGAUUGAGUGUGCCCGUGCAGUCACAGAGAAGGUGUCCUUGGUACUGUCAGCAUUGCAAGCGGGUAACAAAGGCACCCAGGCCUGUAUCACGGCAGCCAGUGCUGUUUCUGGCAUCAUCGCUGACUUGGACACCACCAUCAUGUUCGCCUCAGCUGGAACACUGAACCCUGAGAAUGAAGAGUCUUUUGCUGACCACAGGGAGAGCAUCUUGAAGACAGCCAAGACGCUGGUGGAGGACACCAAGCUGUUGGUGGCUGGAGCCGCCUCCAGCCAGGAGAAACUGGCUCAGGCUGCCCAAUCCUCAGCCAAGACCAUCACCCAGCUCACUGAGGUGGUCAAACUGGGAGCAACCAGCAUGGGCUCGGAGGACCCCGAGACACAGGUCGUUCUGAUAAACGCGGUGCGGGAUGUGGCCAAGGCUCUGGCAGAGCUCAUCAGCGCCACCAAAUGUGCAGCAGGGAAGCCUGCUGAUGACCCAUCCAUGUAUCAGCUGAAGAGUGCUGCCAAGGUCAUGGUCACCAAUGUGACGUCUCUUCUAAAAACAGUGAAGGCGGUGGAGGAUGAAGCCACUCGCGGGACGAGGGCACUGGAGGCCACCAUUGAGUGCAUCAAACAGGAGCUGACAGUGUUCCAGUCCAAGGACAUCCCAGACAAGUCCACCACACCCGAAGAGUUCAUCCGCAUGACAAAGGGCAUCACCGUAGCAACGGCCAAGGCAGUAGCUGCAGGCAACUCGGCUCAGCAGGAGGAUGUGAUAGCCACUGCCAACUUGAGCCGCAAAGCCAUCUCCGAUAUGCUGACUACCUGCAAGCAAGCAGCACACCAUCCUGAAGUGGGCGAGGAAUUGAGGUGGAAGGCCCUGCAGUACAGCUCUGAGUGUACCACUGGAUAUAUCAACCUUCUGGAGCAAGUGCUGCAGGUGCUGCAGAAGCCCAUGCCGGACCAGAAGCAGCAGCUGGCCAUACAUUCCAAGCAUGUGGCGGUAUAUGUGACAGAGCUCGUCCAGAUAGCUGAAGCCAUGAAAGGAUCAGAGUGUGUGGACCCAGAGGACCCCACUGUCAUCGCAGAGACAGAGCUUCUCGGAGCAGCAGCAUCCAUUGAAGCUGCAGCCAAGAAACUAGAGCAGCUGAAACCCAGAGCCAAGCCCAAGCAGGCAGAUGAGACGCUGGAUUUUGAGGAGCAGAUUUUAGAGGCAGCAAAAUCCAUUGCUGCAGCAACUAGCGCUCUUGUUAAAUCAGCAUCAGCAGCUCAAAGAGAACUGGUGGCACAAGGCAAGGUUGGAUCCAAUUUAGCCAAUGCAGUGGAUGACGGCCAGUGGUCACAGGGUCUUAUAUCAGCCGCUCGUAUGGUAGCCGCGGCCACCAGUAACCUGUGUGAGGCAGCGAACGCCUCAGUGCAGGGCCAUGCCAGCGAGGAGAAGCUCAUCUCUUCAGCCAAACAGGUUGCAGCCUCUACUGCUCAGCUCCUGGUGGCAUGCAAAGUGAAAGCUGACCAGGAUUCUGAAGCUAUGAGGAGACUACAGGCUGCUGGCAAUGCAGUGAAGAGAGCUUCAGACAACCUGGUGAAGGCAGCUCAGAAAGCAGCAUUUGACAAGUCUGAAGAUGACAGUGUGGUGGUGAAAACCAAAUUCGUUGGAGGCAUAGCUCAGAUCAUUGCAGCUCAGGAGGAGAUGCUAAGAAAAGAGCGAGAGUUGGAGGAAGCCCGGAAGAAGCUGGCUCAGAUCCGACAGCAGCAGUACAAGUUCUUGCCCAGCGAACUGAGGGAGGAUGAGGGCUGAUUGGCUGACUGUGCAGGAUGUGCGCCACGCAGAUGAGAUCUUCUUAUCAAGGGGAGAUGCUGCCGAUGUACAGUCAGCUGCUUUCCUCUCAUGUAACUGAGGAAUAUACAGCACUUGAAACAGGCCUGUUUGAUGAGAAAAACAAGUGCCUGUGCUCUGUAGUGUAUUUGUGUGCGUGUAUGUAUGUGUGAUGUGCGUAUGUAUUUGUCAGUGAAUGGCAUUGACAUAUGAAGAAGGUUGUUACAGUUGUCACUAUAAGCAAGUCAAGACAGUUCGAUAAAGUUGUAUGAUAAAUGUAUCAUUGCUUUGUGAGUGUUACUGC